CUCUAUAGGCGCGACUACACGGGCGCGCUCGCGCUCCUCGAGUUCAACCGCAAGGGCGCGGACGCCCAGGAGCAGCAGGACGCCCUGCUCUGGAUCGGCUACUGCGCCUGCCACCUCGGCAACUACCAGCGGGCCUACGACGCGUACAGCGAGAUCCUGACGGGCGCGAUCCCCCGCGAGGUCCACCUCUACGCCGCGUGCUGCCUGUUCUACAUGCAGAUGUACAAGGAGGCCGAGGAGACCGACACGUCGAAGCGCGCGCCGGAGCGGGCGUUGCGGAACCGGCUGCUCUUCCACAUCGCCCACAAGCGCGACGACCAGGACAAGCUCAUGAUGCGGCACCAGGACCUCACGGACACGAACGAGGACCAGCUGUCGCUCGCGGCGAUCCACUACCUCCGGUCCCACUUCCAGGAGGCGACGGACAUCUACAAGCGGUUGCUCCUGGAGAACCGCGACGACCUGGCGCUGAACGUCUACGUGGCCAUGUGCUACUACAAGCUCGACUACUACGACGUGUCGCUCGAGAUCCUCGCCGUCUACCUCCAGGCGCACCCCGACAGCGCGAUCGCGGUCAAUUUGAAGGCCUGCAACCACUUCCGCCUCUACAACGGCAAGGCCGCCGAGGCGGAGCUCAAGGUCCUCGCGGACCAGGGCCACGCCCUCCAGGCCAACGACCUCAUCCGCCACAACCGCGUCGUCUUCUCGCAGGGCGAGGGCGCGCUCCAGGUCCUCCCCGCGCUCGGCGACUUCAUCCCCGAGGCGCGCCUGAACCUCGUCAUCUACUACCUGCGCCACGACGGCAUGCAGGAGGCCCACGAGCUCAUCAAGGACGUCGAGCCGUCGACGCCCCAGGAGUACAUUUUGAAGGGCGUCGUCAACGCGUCCGUCGGCCAGGCGCUCUGCUCGCGCGAGCACAUCAAGAUGGCCCAGCAGUUCUUCCAGCUCGUCGGCGCGUCGGCGUCCGAGUGCGACACGAUCCCCGGCCGCCAGUGCAUGGCGUCCUGCUUCUUCCUCCUCAAGCAGUUCGAGGACGUGAACAUCUACCUCAACUCGAUCAAGGCCUACAUGUACAACGACGACGACUUCAACUGGAACCACGGCAUCUCCCUGGCCCAGACGGGCAACUACAAGGCCGCCGAGGAGGCGCUCCUCCUCGUCCAGAACGAGCGCUACAAGACGGAGUACUGCUACAUCUCCUGGCUCGCGCGCUGCUACAUCAUGAACGCGCAGCCCAAGAACGCGUGGGAGCUCUACCUGAAGAUGGACACGUCCAACGAGUCCUUCAAUUUGCUCCAGCUCAUCGCCAACGACUGCUACCGCAUGGGCCAGUUCCUCUACGCGGCCAAGGCCUUCGACGUGCUCGAGCGCCUCGACCCGGACCCGGAGUUCUGGGAGGGCAAGCGCGGCGCGUGCGUCGGCGUCUUCCAGCAGGUCGUCGCGGGCAAGGCCGCCAAGGAGGACCUCCGCGACGUGCUCGCCAUGGUGCGCAACACGUCCAACCCCCAGGUCGAGUACAUGGUCCGCGUCAUCUCCAAGUGGGCCGCGAGCUCCGGCAUCAAGAUCUCCUGA